AUGGAAUCUAAUAAUGAACAAAGGACAUCUCAAUUGGAUGCUCAAGGUUGUUUGGCUGAAGAUAUUCGUUGUAAUAUUCGCACGAGAGGUUACCUUCCUAUUGAAAAUUAUGGACUUGUCGGAAAUUUGAGAACAGUUGCUUUAUGUGGAACAGAUGGACACUUCUCGAUUUCACCAACAAUUCAUACUAGCAACAAGCAACAAUACCUUCCAGGAUCUAAUAUCUUGUCUACACGAUUCUUACAUGAUGAAGGAGUGAGCGAAAUUACAGAUUAUAUGCAUAUUCCUGAAAAGUCCUCACAUUCCAUUUCACAAAAACCCAUUCUUCCAUGGCUCAUUCGACAUGUUAGCGUGGUUCGCGGUCAAGUUGACUUUCAAUUUGAAUUAUUUCCAUCAUUUAAUUACGCAUUGGAUGAGCAUACAACUGAAAUCGAAGAAUAUAAAGUAACUGAAAAUAAAUCAUCAAAAUAUUUAAAAGAUGAUGUAUCGUCAUAUGUUGGCCAUCAAAGAGCUAUAUUUCGUUCUAAUACACUUUGUUUGGAUUUACGUUAUGUUGUCUUAAAUGGCGAAAAAGAUCCUCCAGUCAUUGAAUUUAAAUUAGCUAAAAAUAAUGUGAUGAAAGGUCCUGGUAUAAUUUUUCAAUUCACUUUAAAAGAAACUCAAACUGUUACUUUUGUUUUAAGAGAAUUUUCUACAAAAUUGGAUCAGUUGGAACCUCCAUUAAGUGCUGGUCUAACGAAUAAUUUAUAUAGACAAACCUUGCAUUUUUGGCAAAAUUGGAUUGCUCAAUCAUGUUAUAAAGGAAGAUGGAGAGAAAACGUUCAUCGAAGUGCUUUAGCCUUGAAAUUAAUGACUUACGAACCGACUGGAGCUGUUGUCGCAUCGCCUACUUUUGGACUUCCUGAAGAGAUAGGAGGACCUAGAAAUUGGGAUUAUCGAUUCACUUGGGUUAGAGAUUCCGCAUUCACUGUUUACGCACUUAUGAGACUUGGUAUGACUCAAGAAGCCAAGCAUUAUAUGGACUUCAUGGAAGCAAGAUGUCAAGAUUUGAAUCCUGAUGGAUCAUUAAAUAUAAUGUAUAGUAUAGAUGGGGAAAAGAAAUUAACAGAAGUGGAAUUAACUCAUUUAGACGGAUAUCGUGGUUCCAAACCCGUUCGCAUUGGAAAUGGAGCGUAUGAUCAUGUUCAAUUAGAUAUUUACGGAGAAUUAUUAGAUGCGAUGUAUUUGUAUAAUAAAUAUGGUAGUCCGAUCUCUUACGAUAUGUGGGUAAACAUACGUAAAUUAGUAAAUUAUGUGUGUGAUAAUUGGGAAAGUGAAGAUAUGAGUAUUUGGGAGGUUAGAGGAAGAAAGCAAAACUUUACUUAUUCUAAAAUUAUGUGGUUAAGAUUAUCGGAGAAGAGAGUGUUGCCAUGUCCUGAUAGAAAUAAAUGGAUGCAGAUUCGUGAUACUAUUUAUGAAGAAAUUAUGUCAAAAACUUGGAAUCCUAAACGUAAAAUCUUUGCUCAAUCUUAUGAAGCUUUGGAUGCUUUGGAUAGUUCCGUUUUGAUUAUGCCUUUGGUAUUUUUCAUUAGCCCUACCGAUCCAAGAUUUUUAAGUACCAUGGAACAAAUUUUAUUACCUCCGGAAAAAGGAGGGUUGUUGACCAAUAAUCUUGUGUUUCGAUAUAAUCAUCUUACAACCGAUGAUGGGUUAGGUGGGAUGGAAGGAUCAUUUUCAAUGUGUACAUUUUGGUUAAUAGAAGCGUUAACCAGGGCAGGAAAAUAUGAUAAAAAGCUAUUAGAAAGAGCAGAAUUUAUGUUUGAACAAAUGAUUAGUUAUGGUAAUCAUGUAGGACUAUUUUCCGAAGAAAUUGCCCGAUCUGGUGAAUUGUUGGGUAAUUUUCCUCAAGCUUUUACUCACAUAGCAUUUAUUAGUGAUAUAAAUCCUUUACAUGAUCCUUUAUCGCUCAGCAAACCUUUUCGUCCGUUAUCGAGAAUUUCCAAGGAUAAUUUUUUAAAACUACUACCAACCUUUUCCACUACAUCAUCCUCGAAUGCAAAUGGUGAGAAUGAUAUUAACGAUGACUUCAUUUCUUAUCACAACCGUUCCUACUCGUUACCAAGUGUUGUCACACUUUCCGGUGCAACUUCACUUAACGACGAUGUAUUUGACGAGAUAAAUUCCGAGCAAGAGUGCUUAGGAUCAGAAUAUCGAAAAGAUAAAUUUUUCAUACGAUUGAAAUCAUCCAUUAAAAAAUAUUUAGGGGUUGGAAAGGAUCGAAAACGACAUCAAGAGGCUCAUCAUCAAAAUGGUAAAACCAAUCCAUUCGAGUGA